AUGUACAAAAUCUGGUUGCUUCUUUUGAUCUUAUACAUAUAUUUAUCUGGUCAUGUAACUGCUUGGAAGAAAGGUGCACACGUGGGUAAAACACUUUUUUAUAGUGCUAGACAUCUGAGUGGACUUGUCCUGGAUGACAAUGAAGAAUAUUUCUAUUUGGCUCAACCGUCAGGCAAUCGAAUUAUCCGGUAUACUAAAGUUGGACAACGAAAUCAUGUCGUCACCGGACAGCAUGAAACCGGAUCUAAUCUUUAUCAAUUGAUUCUUGAUGCGCCAGAAGAAACACUCUUAGUUGGUGGUGUAACGAUCAUUGUAGGAGCAAAUGGAGAAGAAAAUACAAACAAUGAAUUAUCACGUCCUAAUGGUGUAACAUUUGAUAGCCAAGGAAAUCUCUAUGUAUCCAAUUAUCAAAAUAAUCAAGUUCAAAGAUUCGCUAUUGAAACUACCUCGAUGGGAUGCUUGGGCAACUUUCUCAACAUUUUUCUCUUGAGCAAAAAAGCACUUCGUACGAUUUCGUGUAAUAAUUAUUUCUUAGCCUCAUCAUUCACUAAUCUGCUGAUUUUGACUGUCGGCCUUGCGACAACGGUUUAUGUAUAUGAUCGACCGUGGGCAGUUUCGCAAAUAUUCUGUCAAAGUCGAAAUUAUUUAGUGAAUGCAUGUCAACAAAUUUCUCGUUUCAUGAUUAUUGCCGCAUGUUUUGAUCGAUUUGCGUUAUGUUCAACAAAUUUCCAUCUUCGUCAGUUUUGUCGUACUAGUAUUGCUCGAUAUUAUGUUAUACCUUCGGUUAUUAUUGUUUGGCUUAUUUUUCCCAUUUACACAUUAAUUUCCAUCACUGUUGUUAACAAUUCGUGUAUAUAUUUAGGCACUGUUGCACUCUACAAUAGUAUCUACGGUAUCACAAUGGUUGGUUUUGCUCCGCCUACUUUGAUGGCCACAUUUUCUUUGCUAACAUUUUAUAAUUUAAAAGUCAAACAGCAACGUCGACAACAAGUUCGUCAACCAGUUGUCGGCAACGGCCAAGGAACUGCGACCGAAAAUCGUAAACAGCAGAAGAAAGAUCAACAAGUUUUAGCGAUGUUAAUGAUACAAGUCGUUUUCUACAUCAGCACGACAACUAUUGCCAGUGCUAAUUUACUCUAUUCAACGUUAACAACUUAUUCUGGCGUAGAUAAGUCAAAUGAACGUAAAUCGAUUGAAUCUUUUAUUUUGUUCAUAACUGGUACUAUGAAUUAUACAUGUCCGUGUUUGUCAUUUUAUCUAUUUUAUUUUGCUUCGCGUCUUUAUCGUAGACAAAUGAAAUUAGCUCUGUUAACCAUUCGCAGACACUACUGUUGUUGUAGAUUUGAGAGAAACCAGCAGCGUGUGUCAAUGCGCCCAAUGACUGCGAGAGUAGGACCUAUUGAUCUGCUUCAUACGAACGAACAGUAA